AUGGCUCUCAACCCAAACCAAGACAAGCUUUUAUUCGAGACCUCAGAGGAGGUCGGGGUUGCUCCGACUUUUGAUUCAUUGGGUCUCAAGGAGGACCUCUUGCGUGGUAUUUACGCUUACAACUUCGAGAAACCAUCGGCCAUUCAACAAAGAGCUAUUUUGCCGAUCACCAAAGGUCGAGAUGUGAUUGCACAGGCUCAAUCCGGAACGGGAAAAACUGCUACAUUCUCCAUCUCGAUCCUUCAAGCAAUCGAUACCCAAGUUCGCGAAACACAAGCUUUGGUCCUGAGUCCCACGCGUGAAUUAGCCACCCAAAUACAGAGUGUGGUUCUCGCGCUAGGUGAUUACAUGAACGUUCAAUGUCAUGCUUGUAUUGGUGGAACUUCUAUCGGAGAAGAUAUCCGCAAAUUGGACCACGGGCAACAUGUAGUCUCAGGUACACCUGGUCGGGUGUAUGACAUGAUUCGACGUCGUAAUCUUCGCACUCGAAACAUUAAAAUGCUCGUUCUUGAUGAAGCGGAUGAGCUGCUCAAUUUGGGGUUCAAAGACCAGAUCUACGAUGUUUAUCGCUACUUACCUCCUCAGACUCAAGUAGUUGUCCUCUCGGCUACCCUUCCUUAUGAUGUCCUGGAGAUGACCACCAAAUUUAUGACUGACCCGAUCCGGAUUUUGGUCAAGCGUGACGAAUUGACCUUGGAGGGGAUCAAACAAUUCUUUGUUGCUGUUGAAAAAGAAGAAUGGAAAUUUGACACUCUGUGUGAUCUUUACGACACGCUGACAAUCACACAAGCAGUUAUAUUUUGCAACACGCGCAGAAAAGUCGACUGGUUGACAGACAAAAUGCGCGAUGCCAACUUUACUGUUUCGUCCAUGCAUGGUGAUAUGCCUCAAAAAGAACGAGAUGCUAUCAUGGGCGAGUUCCGUAACGGCUCUUCUCGAGUGUUGAUCACCACCGACGUGUGGGCUCGUGGAAUCGACGUACAACAAGUAUCAUUGGUUAUCAAUUAUGACCUUCCUUCCAAUCGAGAAAACUACAUUCACAGAAUCGGUCGAUCCGGCCGUUUCGGUCGCAAAGGUGUUGCCAUUAACUUUGUUACUAACGAAGACGUCCGAAUCUUGCGGGAUAUUGAACAGUACUACAGUGCCCAAAUUGAUGAAAUGCCCGUGAAUAUUGGAGAAGUUGUUUAA